AUGUCCCACUGGACCUGGGCGACCUUUGAGCGGCGUGUGGGGUGCGUGCUGGUGGACACGUCGUACCAGCCAUGCCCGCCCGCCGACUGGUACAUGGACGUGCGCCUGUGGUUCGACGCCUUCCACCCCUUCAACCGCACCGAGUCCGCCACCUAUUGCCUCGACAGUCGGCAGCAUCCCACGUAUGGGGCGCAGCUGAACCGCGUGAAGGAAACUCCCGAGAAGAUGCUCGCGGAGCCCACCGUGCUCACCAAUGGGCAUCCAGGCAUGGGUGAGCGGGCAGGGCUUCUUCCCUCCUCCCCCCUUUCCCAAUUCCCUUUUAUUGCAUUUGGUUUUAUGCCUCUUCGUGUUGCCCAUUGCCUCUCCGAGCCGAGUCCUCUAGGCAUGAUGCUCCCGAUCUUCAAGGGCAACGUGACGGCAGCAUCAUCGUUGCAAGAGAGGCAGGCAGCACUCAUGGGCGUGUUUGCAGCGAUGGUGGAUUUCACCCGUCUUGCCGACUUCAUCGAUCUCGAAGUGCUGCUGCAAGGCAUGGAGUAUUCUCUGGAGAUGUAUGACGUCACGGCCACGGAUGUGCUCCCCGGCUCCUCCACCCCGCUGGGCCCGCGCCUGCUGUACGGGGCGGGCGACCUGCCUCAAGGCAACCCCAUGCACGUCAACAAGCUCAUUCCGCCGUCCAACGAGACCAUGCUGCAGCCACACCGCCACAAGGCCGUGCACCACAUCAACCUCACCGACUCAUCAAGAACGUACCAGCUCUGGUGCCGCCCUCCCACUCACAGCCCUCCCACUCACACCCCUCCCACUCACACCCCUCCCACUCACAGCCCUCCCACUCACUCCCCUACCACUCACACCCCUCCCACUCCCACUCACACCCCUCCCACUCACUGCCCUCCCACUCACAACCCUCCCACUCACAACCCUCCCACUCACAACCCUCCCACUCACAACAACCCUCCCACUCACAACCCUCCCACUCACAACCCUCCCACUCACAACAACCCUCCCACUCACACCCCUCCCACUCACAACCCUCCCACUCACAACAACCCUCCCACUCACACCCCUCCCACUCACAACCCUCCCACUCACAACAACCCUCCCACUCACACCCCUCCCACUCACAACCCUCCCACUCACAACAACCCUCCCACUCACACCCCUCCCACUCACAACCCUCCCACUCACCAAUUCAUCACGGAGUUGCCAGCUCUGGCGCCCGCGAGUCGCUUCUUCAGAUGCAUUGCUCUUCCUCCUUGA